AUGGAGUUAGCCAUUGCCCCCUUCCACUUGAGUACAGCUAAUGUCAAGAAAGGUCCAUGGUCACCUGAAGAAGAUGCAAAGCUUAAACAAUUCAUCGACAAAUUCGGCACCGGUGGGAAUUGGAUUGCUUUGCCUCAAAAAGCCGGGCUGAAGAGAUGUGGAAAGAGCUGCAGACUGAGGUGGCUUAAUUAUCUGAGACCUAAUAUAAAGCAUGGAGAGUUUUCAGAUGAAGAAGAUAGAAUAAUAUGCACUCUCUAUGCAAGCAUUGGAAGCAGGUGGUCAAUCAUAGCAGCUCAAUUACCGGGGAGAACUGACAAUGAUAUCAAGAACUACUGGAACACAAAGCUCAAGAAGAAACUCAUCAUGGGCAUAAACAAUAAUAAUCCUAUUUCCAAAUUUAUCCCACGCCCCCCAUUCUCACCCCAAAUUGCAUUUCAGCCCCAACUUCCUCCUCAUCACCCUCCUCUAUCCAGCUUGCAGGAACAAAAUCACAAUUAUCAUCACAUUCACACCCCAUUCUAUUUUCACUCGAACCCCCAAAACCUAACUUUCAUGCCCCCCAACAAUGGUGAAUUUGCACAGCCCACCACAUUUUUCCAGCAAAUUCAAGAUUGUACCAAUUUCAACACCAGCAAUUUGCUUGUCUUCGGGGGGAACAAUGAACCGAGCUGUACCUCAUCGUCCGAGGGGAGCGGCUGUAAUAAAAUGGGCUGCGGCCCGAAAGCCGUGAAACAAGAAGAUCUAAUGGCGGGCCUUGAUUAUCCGGGCUUUCUUGCAGAAAAUUACCAAAAAGAGGUCCCAUUAGAGUUGACUUGUGCUCUUAGGUAA